AUGUCUCUCUUCGCUCGCUCUUCUAUCCGUACCUCUGCUGCUGCCUUUGCUGCACGCCGUACAUUACCUAACGCGCUGGCGCGUAACUACACCAUGUCGUCUAUCACUUCCGAGACGAUCACCCCCUCAAUCGAAAGAAGGAGCCCGCUCGAAAGACGGAGACGUCCUGAGCAUGCAUUAUGUAAGUCCAAUACCAGUUUUCUAGCAACUGGCAUCUUCCAGUCCAAUGGCCGCACGUUCGAUUCGUCUCGCGAACGCGGCAUGCCCUUCGAGUUCAAGUUAGGCGCUGGGCAGGUUAUCCGUGGAUGGGAUCAAGGUCUCCAGGGGAUGGGAGUCGGUGAACGUCGCAAAAUAACCCUUCCUCCUGCAUAUGCUUAUGGUCCCCGUGGUUACCCACUGCCAUUCCACCCAACGCACACUUGUGUUCGACGUUGA